CUGAAAAAGGUAGACGUAAAGAUGGGAUUGGGAUGUGUAUAUAACUACUAGUAGUCUCUUUUCCCCAUUUCGAAGUUUUCAUUAGUUGAAGAGAUCUGAGAUCGAUUUUAUACAAGUUGUGAUCUUGUGAAUUGAGAUAAGCUUCGGUAUCUAAUCAUGGCUGGUCGCUAUGAUCGGAACCCUUUCGACGAACAAGAUGAAGUCAAUCCUUUUGCUAAUCCUGGGAGUGUUCCUCCUGCUUCGAGUUCCAGACUAUCACCUUUGCCUCCGGAACCUGCUGGUUUUGGCUAUGGUCACACCGUUGACAUUCCUCUUGACAGUCCGGGCUCUGGUACACAGGAUUUGAAAAAGAAAGAGAAGGAGCUCCAAGCAAAAGAAGCUGACCUUAGGCGACGAGAGCAGGAUCUGAAGCGAAAAGAGGAUGCUGCUGCACGAGCCGGAAUCGUUAUUGAGGCGAAAAACUGGCCUCCCUUCUUCCCGCUUAUCCACCAUGACAUUGCAAAUGAAAUUCCUGUUCGUCUACAAAGGCUACAGUAUAUUGCAUUUGCAACAUACUUGGGGUUGGUUCUUGCACUUUUCUGGAAUAUCAUUGCUGUUACUACAGCUUGGAUCAAAGGCGAAGGAGUAACAAUUUGGCUUCUCGCCGUGAUUUACUUCAUAUCGGGUGUCCCAGGAGGCUAUGUGCUAUGGUAUCGACCUCUGUACCGUGCCUUCAGAAGUGAUAGUGCAUUCAACUUUGGAUGGUUUUUCUUGUUCUACAUGCUCCACAUCCUUUUCUGCGUCUUUGCUGCAGUUGCCCCUCCUAUUGUCUUUAAAGGAAAAUCGCUUGCGGGGAUAUUACCUGCAAUAGAUGUGUUGAGCGCUCAGGCACUGGUCGGGAUCUUCUACUUCAUCGGGUUUGGGUUAUUCUGCCUUGAAUCAGUGGUCAGCAUCUGGGUCAUUCAGCAAGUAUACAUGUACUUCCGAGGAAGCGGGAAAGCGGAUGAGAUGAGACGAGAUGCUGCAAGAGGAGCUAUGAGAGCUGCCAUAUGAUGCAAAUGUAAAUCAAUGAUUGAAAUCGUCUCUUCUGAAGCAUUGGUUUUAUAUACUCUUCUUUGGUUGUUAUUUAGCUUUGCUGAUAGAUUUUUUUUUUUUCCUUGAGCUUCUUCUAUUUUUGUUUUCAUCAACUGUUCUUAAAAGUAGUAAAAGUAAAGCUCAUGUAUAAAAAAUGUGUGUUCAAUUUGAGUAGAGAUUUGUUAAACAGUUGCAAACUCUUCAUUGUUUAUUUUUA